AUGAUUUGCCCUUAGCAUAUAAACAAACCCAUCCUUAUGAUAUGCCUGGCCCCUCACACGUGUUAAUGUUCAAGGAAACUGUGUAUUGAAUGUAUUACUGAACAUGGGGUCGAUGUUAAAUAUCUAGUUUCGAAUGAAAGAUUUCAAGAAAUGCUGAAAGAAAAAUUGUAAAAAUUUCAGGAUUAAGAGACAUAAACAAUUGGAAAAUAGAAACAAAAAUUAAAAAAUUUACAUUCUAAAAUUAAGAGAAGUAUGAAGGAACAUUUGAUGGAUUUUUCAGCAUCACUUAAAAAAAUAUACUAGGCUAUCGAUAGUUAAAACCAACUUUUCCUUAAUCUUAUCCAUGAAUGUGAUAAUUUAUCAGAAUCCUCAUAAACCGACUUAGAACAGUUAGUAUCAAUUCUAGAAGGAACACCAUUAGAAAACUGGAAUAAAGCAAAAAAUUCCUAUUUGAUAAAAUUGGAAAAUGUUAAAUAAUGGUGGAAAUUAGAAAAUAAUGUUUGGAUGAAAAAGUAGAAAAAAUAUUAAAAAGAAAUUGAUUCAUUAAUAAAGUCAGUAAAUUAAAAAGAAGUUUAUGAAUAGAAAAAAGAAUUUUAUGAUGCUUUAGCUUCCUUAAAAGAUAUAGAUGUGAAAAUAUUUAAUAUAAUAAUUGAAAAGGCAUUAAAUGCUAAAAUUUCAGAUAUUUUGGUAUUUCUAUCAAAUGAAUAAAAUCAAAAACUUUUAGAAUGGCAACCAGAUAAAUAAAGAGAUAUAAAUUUAGGAAGAAAUAACAUUAAUAAAAUAAUUAACGCUAUCAGAAAUAUUAAAGAACAUGAAUUUAAUUAAAAUAACUAUUCUACUGAAAUCCAUUUUAUUACUAAAAAGAAUCUCAUUCAGAAAAUAUCAUAAGAUUAGAUAAUCAUUGAAUUUUUAAAAUUUUUAGUUCACUUGACGGCAAUAGACAAUUAAUUUAUCUAAUGUGGCUCAAAUUCACUCCAUAUACUAGUUGAUAUGAAGGUUGAUCUGACAUAACAGUGUUUUUCAAAUAUUAGGAUUAAAAAUACUUCUUUAAUUGGAGCGAAUUUAGUAAGAUGUAAUUUUAAUGGAUCUGAAUUUGACAAUGUAGAUAUAAGUGGAAUGAAUUUGAAUGGGGCUCAAUUAUUGAACUGUAAAUGGAAAAAUUUAAGAAUUUAAGAGUCACAUGAUUUAGAUAGUCAUAGUAAUUAGGUGUUAUCAGCAUGCUUCUCUCCUGAUGGUACUACAUUAGCAUCCAGUAGUGAAGAUUUCUCUAUUUGUUUAUGGAAUGUUCAGACAGGAUAAUUAAAAUUUUAAUUAGAUGGACACACUAGUGCUGUUCUUUCACUAUGUUACUCUCCAGAUGGUACUACAAUAGCAUUUGGUAGUGCAGAUAACUUCAUCUGUUUAAAGGAUGCUAAGACAGGACAAUAAAAAUUUCAUUUAGAUGGACACGCCAGUGCUGUAAUUUCUCUAUGCUUCUCUCCUGAUAAUGCAACAUUAGCAUCUGGUAGUAUAGAUAAGUCUAUUCGUCUAUGGGAUGUUAAGACAGGGCAAUAAAGAGCAUAGUUGAUUGGUCAUAGUAAUUCUGUUCUAUCUGUAUGCUUCUCUCCUGAUAAUGCAACAUUAGCAUCUGGUAGUGAAGAUCAGUCUAUCCGUUUAUGGGAUGUUAAGACAGGGCGAUAAAGAAAAAAGUUGAAUGGUCAUAGUAAUUCUGUUCUAUCUGUAUGCUUCUCUCCUGAUAAUGCAACAUUAGCAUCUUGUAGUUGGGACUCUAUCUUUAUAUGGAGUUUUGAGACAGGAAAAUCAUAAACAUAAUUUAAUGGUCAUUCUAAAGAUAUCCAAUCAAUAUGUUUCUCUCCUAACGGCGCGACAUUAGCAUCUGGUAGUAGUGAUAAGUCAAUCUUUUUAUGGGAUGUUAAAACAGGAUAAGUAAAAGCAAAAUUAGUUGGUCAUACUAGUACUGUAUACUCUGUCUGCUUCUCUCCUGAUGGUACUAGAUUAGCAUCUUGUAGUGAAGAUAAGUCUAUCCGUUUAUGGGAUGUUUAGGCAAGCGAAGAAAUUUUAUCUUAUAAAAGUUAUAAAGAUAUUCUAGCCUAAUUUAAAACUCCCCAAUUUUAAAUAAAUCCUCUACUAGAAGGUGUAUUAAUUUUUAUUAUUUUAGCAUACACAUUUAUUACCAUUCUUCUUAUAUCCAAGUCACCAAUAUUUUAAGCAUAAGGAGCUCUAGUUUACAAAGGAGAAUUCACCAAUUAAAAAGGAGUUAAUUUAAUUUCUUUUUUGAAAUCUAAAAGAAGUUUUAUUUUGGAAAACUAAUUCGACUUAAACUCAAAAUAGGUUUGA